AUUCACUCCAGGCGUAAGCGCCUAUGUUGCUGUUUUGUAUCGCAUGCCUUCAUGAACUAUCUCCCGGCAUUACCGUGACUACUAGUCAACAGGCUGUCGUAUGUCUUAUUCCGAUUAGUCACCCUCUCGCCAUUCGAUGUAUUGUUCGGUAUCUCAAGUUUGUGGCUAUCACGAGUUUCACGGUUCUGUGCUGGGAUUGAUCACCUUUGCAGACGAGGUAGCUUUGAUCUGGUGUAAACACAAGGACCUCAUUCGUUCUAGUUGGGUACCUCUUUCUGCUGGAUUUGUUGUCAACAUGGUUGCGUUGACCCCCCUCAAGGGUUGUGGCUUCCGACCUAAAAUGACUGGCAUCAUACUGCUGUUGAGAUGCAGAAAUUUCGUCAGAUACCAAGGUGUCAUGGCGAUCAUUGGUGUCAGUAUAGCAGAACUGAUGAUGCUGAUGCGGGUCCAUGCGUUGUAUCGAGAUCGCAGACUUGUCGCUGUGGUCCCGGGCCUUCUCUUAUUAGUCUGGAUCGCAGUGAUAUCACGCAAUUAUAAUGGUUCCUCAUACUCAACAAAUACACUUGAGAUCCAUGAUUUUCCGCCGUAUGAAGUCAUUGUCCUGGCUCUCUCUGCUACCCGGGCAUGGUUGCCUUUGGCAUAUGACACUGCCAUUUUUAUCUUGACUCUUUGGCACACCUUGCCCAGUCAUCAUCGGAAUGGAGUAGUUGGACAUAUCUUGCAAACAUUCCAAUCAGAUGGUACAUUGUACUAUAUGCCUGAAGAGCAUUGUUGCUCAAUUAGUGUUCUUGUGAGAUUCUCAGCUCGUCUGUCUGCUGCCACGCUGGAUAACUCCAUCAUCGCCCUGUCAGGUUAA